AUGCGAUUGAGGUUCACGAUCACAGACCUGAUGUCCAGCGAAGUGUCAUCGGAGGUGAUGGCAAUCGAGAAAACAGAGAGGAAACUGACGGAAGACGGCAACCAUUCAACGACCGGCAUCGCUCCGCCCCUGCUGCCUGUUCGUCAUCAAUUGCAACGUCGCUGGGUACUAUGGUUUCUGAAGGCAGACAGAAAUCGCGAUUGGGAAGAUUGUCUGCAGCAAGUGAUCGCGUUCGACUCAGUUGAAGAUUUUUGGUCGCUGUUCAACAACAUUGCCGCGCCAUCAUCACUCAAUUGGGGCUCUGACUACUAUCUUUUUAAAGAGGGUAUUCGUCCAAUGUGGGAGGAUAAGCAAAACGUUGAUGGAGGUCGAUGGUUAAUGGUUGUCGAUAAGCAUAAAAGGAAACAAUUCCUCGACGAUUACUGGCUCGAGCUUCUGAUGGCGAUUGUUGGCGAGCAAUUUGGCGACUAUGGAGACCACAUCUGUGGAGCGGUUUUGAAUGUACGCAACAAGGGUGACAAGAUAUCACUAUGGACACAUGAUGCUUCUCAGGAUUCGGUGAACAGUCAAAUUGGCAAAAUUUUCAAAGCUAAGAUGAAUGUGCCCGACGAGGAAAUUAUCAAAUACGAAGUGCACAAAGAUGCUAGCAAAAGGGCGUCAUCGAUUGUUAAGCCUCGGAUAACAAUUCAGGGAGAAUCUAUCGUCUUCAAGCACAACAACGAUCAGCACAAACCACAGCCAACUGCAGCAACCGUUGAAACAAAAGGA